GUUUCUUUGGUGAUGGUGAAAAUUUUGUUUGCGAAAAUAAAAUGUCGACACCGAAAGUUGCUCAUUAGUGUAUUCUUUCAGACGAUUUGGCAAUAUAUAUUUUUUUUUUAUAAAGUUUUAUUAACAUACAAAAUGGACGGUGGCGAACAGGAGCAGAGUUUCCGUUUAGGACCACUAUCACCACAAGAAGUGAAACCAGACAUUUCUAUAUUGAAUGAAAACAAUACUGGGGGAUACUCACCAAAAUCAGCAAGUCCUGUUUCUUUUGGUGUAAUAGGUUUGCAAUCAAUGAAUAUGACAAAUGCUGGCUCAGUAGCAGCGACAGUAGCGAGCCAUAAUCCUAACCAGAUACAACAUGGUACACAACAACAGCAACAGCAAUAUCCUCCAAAUCACCCAUUAAGUGGAUCUAAACAUUUGUGCUCCAUUUGUGGUGAUAGGGCAAGUGGAAAACAUUAUGGUGUUUACAGCUGUGAAGGAUGUAAAGGGUUUUUUAAACGUACAGUAAGAAAGGAUUUGACUUACGCUUGUCGUGAAGAUAGAAACUGUAUCAUAGAUAAAAGGCAACGUAAUCGUUGUCAAUAUUGCCGGUAUCAAAAAUGUCUGGCGUGUGGAAUGAAGCGCGAAGCUGUUCAAGAAGAAAGACAACGUGGCACAAGGUCACAAAACGUACGUUCGAGCGAUGAUUUUAAUCCUAGUAGUUCUGUCCGUGAUUUAACAAUAGAACGUAUUAUUGAGGCAGAACAGAAAAGUGAACAACUUAGUGGAGAUAAUGCUAUACCAUUCCUUCGGGUUGGACCAAAUUCCAUGGUACAACCUGAUUAUAAAGGAGCUGUUUCACAUCUUUGUCAAAUGAAUUGCAGCGUGAAGAUCAGGUGCUUUUGCUCAAGGCAGGCUGGAAUGAAUUACUCCUAGCAAACGUGGCAUGGUGUAGUAUUGAUUCAUUGGAUUCUGAUUACGCUACAUCUGGAGGUCAUGAUACUUCGUCAGGAAGGCGUUCUCCUAUACGUCAACCUCAGCAACUUUUUCUUAACCAUAAUUUUUCUUAUCAUCGGAACAGCGCAAUAAAAGCAGGUGUGGCAACUAUUUUUGACAGAAUUUUAUCAGAACUUAGCGUUAAAAUGAAGCGGCUUAACAUUGAUCGCUCCGAACUAUC